AUGAAAACACAAGAUAGCGUAAGGGAGGAGGAAAGGAAAGAUGAAGGAGAGGGGCGGGAGGAGGGAAAUUACUUGGAAAGUUUCUUAGAUGAGGCCACGCCAGGCUCCACCUCAGAGGGAGAUGACCCUUCCCUGCAGCGCAAAAUAAGAGGCUACUUCCAGAACAUUGACUUGGGUCUCCAAGAUAAUGAGAUCCUGCCUCCUCUGAAGGGCUACAAAGCAUACAACACUCAGUUAGCACGUGCAGGAAAGAAGCAGCACUGGCAGGAGAACCCGUCCCGCAACAGACCUGUGAAGGGGGGCAACUUCAUGGAUGACUUUGAGGAUGAAGGAGAGGAGCUGGAGGAGGAGGUUGAGGAAGAAGAGGAGAGCCUCUCUCACAUGGAGGAAGAGGCGAGAGCGCGGGCGGAGAAACAGGAGGUGCUCCGGCAGCAGGAGGAGGCCGAGCGAGCCAGAGAGGAAGAACAGAGGCUGGCAGACAUCGCCUCUGACAUGUUGCUGCAGUACAUGGGGAGGAAGCAGCAGUCCUACAUGAAGCCCCGGCAGAAAAGCAGCAUGGGGGCCGCCGGCAACACGGCUGAGGACAAACGCUCAGAGGAGGUCCUUCCUGAUGAAGAUGACCUGGACCAGCAAAUGAUUGACAGGCUUAUUGAGAUCAGCAGCAAGCUGCACCUGCCUGCCGAUGAUGUGAUUGAGAUUAUUAGUGAUGUGGAAGAGAAGAAGAAAAAAAGGAAAGAGUUACAACAGCAGCCAACCAACAGCAACCCUGUUGCCCCACGCUUUAGGCCUCUGGUACCUCCUCCUCUGGCUGCCCCGCCUGUUUAUCACUACACAGCCUCAAAAAACCCCAAGAAAGCCCCUUAUAGGUACAACAAGUCCAACAAGAAAUGGCACAAGGAUAAAGUCAAGUCAUACAAACAGGACUAUUGGUAUAAGCCUCAGAAGCAGCUUGACUACUGGUAUAAGCCCCAGAAACAGUUUUUAGCCUUCCCCUCUUAUCCAUAUUACCAAAAGCCAUAUCGAGCAUACUACCCUGUUUAUUUCCCAUAUCCCAAACCACAAUAUUAUGGCAAGCCCGUCCCCUCCAGAGACCAGACCUUCGGCCCCCAGGAACUUGACCUCCAGGCCCCGAGACGCAGACACAGGGGCGGGGGUAAGAACCGCGCACAGGGCUGGAAGCAGCAGCCACCACCACGCCUGCCUCUUACCCCUUAUAUCUCUAACUAUAUCCUUCCUCACCCACGGACCUACCAACCCCUGCCCCCUCCCAAACCAAUAACCACACCCAGGAGAGGCAGGCGACCCCCCUACUACUAUCCACAAGUCACACCGGGAGAUGACUAUGAGGAAGAUGGGCUGGUGCCUCAGCUGGACAGUGAGGAGGAACUGGAAAACUUUAUUGAGAGGAUCUACAUGAAGCGCAGAAUGUAUUGAGAGACUUUUUUGGACACUGUCCGCUCAGAGGGACUCACAGAUGUGGGAUAGUUAUACAGUAGCGGGAGGAAAGCUAAAGCAGAGGUGGGGAAAAAAAAAGAUUCAGAGAAGGUGUGUUUUGAGCCUGAUGAGAAAUUUCAGAAGUAAAAAGUUAGAUUUAUGUUGGUUUAAUCACUGUAUUUUUGUUGAUUUUCUCAGUCAGGGAGAGGAUGAAGGUGUCCUAGUUUAAGCUCCCUGUAACCAUGUUCAGCCUCUUGCUCAGUUUACAUUUUGAAACAGAACAUACCAUGGUGUAUGUCUGCCUCCAUUCAGGUCAAUCUCUGAUGUUCUUGCAUAUUUCAGAGAUCUAUAGAGGACACACGCAAACACACACACACUACACACACACACACACACACACUUACAUAGAAUCACAUUGUGACACAUUCACAAGCAGAUGUGGCCAUUGUAAGAGAACCAUGUUUACAACAUCACUUUGUAUCUUUUGUUUUAUAUUCUGUACCUCACAUUGCAAAACUAAAGUAGUUCAAUUACUUCUUAUCUACACACACACAUGCACACACAGAGAAAAAGAGAAAGAACACGGAUAUUGUCAACUGUCGACAGUAUACUUUUUGUUGUAUUUGAUGUGUGUAGUUGCCUUUCUCAUUUCUGAUUGGAUCAACCUUAAACAGCUGCAACUUGCAAAGGUGCCAAAUACACACAUUUCAGUUCGUUUGUUUUUUUUUUCAAACUCAAGAUUCAGAUUUUUGCCUUACAAAGCACCAUGGUUCUAUAAGGGAAAUAUCAUAUUGCAUAAUUCUCUCAUCAUCCCAAUGUAGAAACCCUGUGGACUCCAAAAGCACAAAGUUAAACACUAAACACUUCCAACCUGGUGGACUAAGGGGUUUCAAGCAUUCUGGGAUCCAGAAGUUAUUGUGUCAACAUAUUUACGGCAGAUCCACCAUCGCCACAUCCAUGCAGUGCUCCGUGAUUCUGCAGGAGUGCUUCAUGUUUUGGAUCAUUUUCUCAUUGUCCAUCUCCAGUUCACAUUUACUUUGUUUUACGCACAUGCAUCAUAUCUAUUGUGUCUAUUUUUUUCCUUUAUUUUUAAAAGAAAAAAAAAUACUUGAAAUCACACUAUCUGUUCUGCAGCCUUUAAAAAAAAACCCAACUGAUUUCCACCAGGAGGCUACAAAACAUUUUGUUCAUUUUUCAGAAGAAAUUCAUUGAAAAGUUUCAGGCCGGGGAGUCAGGGAUUGUGCUUAAACCGUUAAAUGCACGUCUUUCUACUUGCAUCUUAAAAAAUGAACAAAAAAAAAGAACAAAAAAAGAGGAAAAAAAUAAAACAGUAUGGAGAAUUCAAAAUGGUUGUCUUCUCUGAAUAAACUGUGAACAUAAAAAAAAAAAGAAAUCUCAAAGGAAGAGGGCCACUGUGUCCACAGUGAAGCCAUCUGUCUUGUAAAAGGAGAGUGUUGUUGUUGAUGUCACUUUAGCAUUGUAAGAUGUACAGUGUGAAAUAAAUAUGCCCGUGCAAUGUGUAAAUAACAGCAUGAU